AUGCAGUUCAUGCCCAAGAAAGGAGGGACCCCGAAGAAGAAUGAGAUCAUAUUCACCGCUCCAACCGGGGAGGAGGUCACUAACAGAAGACAGUUGGAACAGUACCUAAAAUCACACCCUGGUGGUCCUGCAAUAUCGGAGUUUGAUUGGGGAACAGGUGAUACGUCUAGGAGAUCAGCAAGGAUAAGUGAGAAGGCAAAGACGACUCCACCACCAGAAAGUGAACCCCCAAAGAAGAAACGAAGCAUAAAAUCUUCAACUUCAAAGAAGGAUGACAAAGAGAAAGAAGUUGUACCUAAAGAAACUGAGGUGAAAGAAAUCCACAUGCAGGAAGCUGAGAAAACUGAGGAGAAUGCAGCUGCAGAUAUUGAGAAGGAUGAUGUGAAGGAAAAUCAAAAUGAGAAAAAAGAUGAAACCCAAGAUACUGAGAAGGAUGUUGUGAUGGAGAAUCAAGAUGAAAAGAAAGAUGAAACCCAGGAUACUGAGGAGGAGGUUGUGAAGCAGAGGCAACAUGAAAGGAAAGAUGAAGCUCAAGACACAGAAGGAAAAGUAGAAUAUGCUCCUUCCCAAGAAGCAAAGCUCGAGAAAGAUGUCAAAAUACUUGAUGAUGCUGAGGCAAGUGAAAAGCAUGCAGAAACAGAAGUAGGAAAUUCAAAAGAGGCCCAAAUUGAGAAAGAAAAAGUGGAGCAAAUACCAGUUGAAACAGGGAAAGAGGAUGGCAGUGGAGAACAGGAGAAACAGGAUGCUGCUACGGAGGAAAAGAAAUACAAAGUGGAAGGAGAGGUUUGCUUCAAUGCCACUGCUAUUGUACUUCCUCCUGACCUUUCUGAACGGAUGACUCUGGUGGUGUUGUUAAUGGUGGAAUUCUGA